CCAAUUAACACACUUAUUAGGGUUUAAGGUUUUGGUUAUGCGUGUUUCCUCUAAAGAGGAAGAAAGAGUAUAGACUGCAGAGCAAGCGAAGACAUACAACAACAAAGAGUUUGGAGGUUCCCGACGAGCCCUAAGCAGGAGAAAGUCAGCUUUUUUCAGGAUUUGGCGCGAACUCUUCGGCAGAUUCCCACUCCUUCACCACCCCAAUACAAAGGGAUGCAUUCAAACGGUGGCAACAAAAUAUUGAUGCAUUCAAAGGCCCACGGUGGCGGUGGCAACAGAAUAUUGAUGCAGAGCAACGGAAAAAUAUCUAACGGAGACCGCCCAGCCGACUUUUUCACCAGGCGACAACGGAUUGCGCAACAGAGAAAAUCUUUACCAAUCGCUUCAGUUGAAAAACGACUUCUGGAGGAGGUUCGAAAUAAUGAUACACUGAUAAUUGUUGGUGAAACCGGAAGUGGAAAAACAACACAGAUACCCCAGUUUCUAUUUAAUGGGGGGUUCUGUCAUGAUGGGAGAAGCAUUGGGAUCACUCAACCUCGACGUGUUGCAGCUGUUACUGUUGCAAAACGGGUAGCUGAGGAAUGUGGUGUUGAGUUGGGCCAAAAAGUCGGGUAUUCCAUUAGAUUUGAGGAUGUGACUUCCAACACAACAAGGAUCAAAUAUAUGACAGAUGGAUUGCUGCUGAGGGAAGCAUUAUUGGACCCAUGUCUCUCGAGGUAUUCAGUUAUUAUUGUUGACGAGGCUCAUGAGAGAACUGUCCACACUGAUGUGUUGCUGGGCUUGCUGAAGGGCGUACAAAAAGAAAGGUCACAAUGCGUCAAUGAAUACCUUAAUAUCGAUCACAGAAAGGCAAACGGUGGUACACUAUUGGAGAAAGAAAAUGAUGCUCAAUCCGUUGGUAUUCUCAAGAAAUGUCGGGGCAUAAAACUCGCUCCGUUGAAGUUAAUUAUCAUGUCUGCCAGUUUGGAUGCACGGGCUUUUUCUGAGUUUUUUGGUGGGGCAAGAGCUGUUCAUGUUCAAGGCCGACAGUUUCCUGUGGAUAUACUCUACACUCAUCAUCCCGAGCCAGAUUACAUUGAUGCAUCAUUAAUUACUAUAUUUCAGAUACAUUUGGAGGAAGGUCCUGGUGAUAUACUCGUAUUCCUGACUGGCCAAGAAGAGAUUGAAUCUGUUGGGAGGCUUAUCCAAGAGCGACUUCGACAAUUACCUGAAGGCAGUCAGAAGCUCACAACUUUGACUUUAUUCUCAUCUCUUCCGUCAGAAAAGCAAAUGCGGGUUUUCAUGCCUGCUCCAGCUGGAUUUCGUAAGGUGAUACUGGCAACUAAUAUUGCUGAGACAUCUGUGACAAUACCUGGAAUCAAGUAUGUUAUCGAUCCUGGAGUGGUGAAAACGCGUGACUAUUGUUCUCGCACUGGGGUUGAAUCGUUGGUUAUUGUUGCAACCUCAAAGGCACAGGCUCUUCAAAGGAGUGGACGUGCUGGGCGUGAAGGACAUGGGAAAUGCUACCGUCUUUAUCCAGAGCGUAUAUUUGAGAAACUUAAAGAUUCCACAGAUCCAGAGAUCAAACGGUGCAACCUCUCAAAUGUCAUUUUGCAGCUCAAGGCCCUAGGUGUUGAUGAUAUUAUUGGGUUUGACUUCAUGGAAAAACCAUCGACGAUGACUAUCAUGAAAUCAUUGGAGUUACUGGUCUUGUUAGGUGCUCUUACGGAGGAGUAUAAACUGUCGGAUCCAGUAGGGCAUCAAAUGGCUCGAUUGCCGUUGGAGCCUAUUCAUUCCAAGGCUCUCAUCCUUUCCAGUCAGUUCAAUUGCUUAGAGGAAAUGUUAAUAACUGUUGCUAUGCUCUCUGUGGAAUCUAUUUUUUAUGCUCCUCGUGAAAAGUUAGAAGAGGCACGAACUGCAAUGAAAUGCUUCUCAAGUCCAGAGGGGGACCAUCUGACUUUAAUUAACGUGUACCGGGCUUCUGAUGAGUUCUUGGAAAAGAGUAAGUUUGGAAACAGUAGAGAAAAAACUGAAAAAAAUCUGAGAAAAUGGUGCAAGGAAAAUUUCAUAAAUAGCCGCUCCCUGAGGCACGCUCGUGACAUUCACAGUCAGAUUCGGGUAAAUGUUGGACAAAUGAGUCUCCAUGGUACUUCUUGUGGAGAUGACAUGCUGCAGUUUCGCAGAUGCCUUGCUGCUUCCUUUUUCCUCAAUGCAGCUUUGAAGCAGGCUGAUGGUACAUACAGGGUUUUGUCAAGUGGUCAGGUGGUCCAGAUCCACCCUUCUUCUGUGUUAUUCCGGACAAAACCAGAGUGCAUAGUUUUCGACGAGAUUGUCCGAACUAAUCAUAAUUACAUCCGCAACGUUACUAGAAUUGAUUAUUUGUGGCUACCUGAACUGGCUCCUCAAUACUUCGCCUUGCAGGAGUAGAAAUUUCUGGUGUCACUCCACAAGGGAAAAGAGGUGUUGACACUGGUGACCUUUGGCAAGGUACUUGAAGGGGGCCUAAACGAAACACAGCUUAAGCUGGACUUUUUGUGGUAAUGCAAUCCCGGUCCAUUCAGUGAGUUACGGCUGCUGGAGAAGGUUUCUGAAUUUCGAUAAGCCUCCCAGUCAUUGUUUUCGGCGGGUGUGCCAUGGAUCUUCUAACCAUGGGUCACUUCUUAAGAAGGGAAUCAUAGAUUCUCAAGUCGAUUUUACUUGACCAAUGCAUCCAAAGGCAGGUUAUGUUUCAGUCUUAUUAUCUUGAGAAGAGUUAUUGAUAAAUGUGCAAGGUGAGCGUAAACCAGUGUUGCAGAUGUAGUUGUCGUCCUGUAAAGGUGCUGCUUUGGUGAGUUUCUCGUUCACUUUAUUCAAAACAUUUAACAUUAACGAGUUGAGAUCGCAAGUCGUGACUUGUUUGGAGGGGGUGUGGCGGCCACGCCAAGCCAUGCUUGAGCUUUUUUCCCCACUCCAGCUAACCAGCAGACAAACACAAGAACAAGGACUGGUUUUGUUUGUAUUAUUUUUUUUCCCAUGUAUUCUUUAAGUAUUUUAUUUUAUUGUGUAAUUUAUGGCACAAUAUGAAUGGCAGAGAAGGGUUAUGAACCUCCCUACUUUAGAACUUGAGAGAGCUAGUCACCCAGUGAGCCAUAUACUGAACGCGUGAGUUAUGAUUGCUGUGUGUGUGCAUGUCAUGAGUUUAUGUUUCUUUGUAGAUGGCUGUACUCUACAAGCGAUCGUUAAAUUAUGUUGAUGGAAGGUGACCGAGAUACUUUUUUUUUUUUUGGGUUCUAGUUGGUACUCACACACACUUGUCUCUUCUUAGACUGAAACCCUGAACCCCUUAUGGGAGGUAAGAGGCUGAUACAGUUUGGCAUUUUGUUUUGUUUUGUUUGUUUGUUUGUUUUUUUUUUUUUUCAUUGCCAUUAUAGUUGUGUAAUGUGGUUUCAAAGAUUUCAGUGUCACCUUCUCAGUCAUAUAUCGAAUCCGGCUUUGGGAAUAAGUUAAUUUGUACCAAAAAAAAAAAAAAAAAAAAAAUUUAAA